AUGGUUCAGAGGCUCACUUACCGGACCCGCCAUAGCUACGCCACCAAAUCCAAUCAGCACAGAGUUGUCAAAACUCCUGGGGGGAAGCUGGUGUAUCAGACCACUAAGAAGAGAGCUAGCGGGCCCAAGUGUCCAGUCACCGGCAAGAGGAUCCAAGGG